AUGCCUGAGGAAGCGCGGACGCGAACAUUUAUGUGCUGCAGCGUUUCGAUGAUUUUGUCACGAGCGGGGGCGGACGGACUAGAUAAAGCAGUGAGAAGUGCGGGAAGGAGACGGGAUAUAACUUUUUCAAGUGCGGCGUCGGUGGAUGCGAGCGCCAACGUAUUCAAUGCUGACUCGACUGCCUGCAGCUCCGGGUCGCUCAUUGCAAAUGGCAAGGCAGGUGCGAGCCGGUACGCGGAAAGACCUGUUUCCGCGAUGAGACACUGGCAUGCGAAACAGGGCGAACGCAAGGAUCGUCGCAAGAGAAAAGGUACGAAGCAAUUAUGA